GCCGCGCCGCGGCGGGGGGCAGUAGCCCGCCGGGCCAUGCGUUCCGCAGGGUGACCCUGACCAAGCCCACCUUCUGCCACUACUGCACCGACUUCAUCUGGGGGCUGGCCGGCUACCAGUGCGAGGUUUGCAACUUCAUGUCUCACGAAAAGUGCCUCAAGAAUGUCAAGAUACCAUGCUCCUGUAUUGCUCCCAGCCUUGUAAGGGUUCCAGUUGCACACUGUUUCGGGCCUCCAGGACUUUACAAAAGAAAGUUUUGCGCUGUGUGCAGGAAGUCCUUGGAGUCACUUGCCUUUCGAUGUGAAGUUUGUGAGCUACAUGUGCACACAGACUGUAUCCUGUUUGCUUGCAGUGACUGCCGGCAGUGUCACCAGGAUGGGCACCUGGACCAUGAUACUUACCACCACCACUGGAGGGAGGGAAACCUUUCUUCAAGUGCUCGUUGCGAAUUUUGCAAAAAAACCUGUGGGUCUUCUGAGGUGCUCUCUGGCAUGAGAUGUGAAUGGUGUGGCAUCCUGGCUCAUGCUGCUUGCUGUGUAAUUGUCCCACCAGAAUGUACCUUUGGAAGAUUAAGGAAUAUGAUUCUUCCUCCAAGCUGUGUUCAGUUGUUUUCUCGCAACUUCAGCAAAUUGCAUUGUUUUCGGAUAUCGGAAAAUUUGCAAACAGAAUCAGAUGAAGAUGAUGAUGUUGAUGGGUCAACACAAGGAUCAACAAAAGAUAUCCAAAUUUCAACAGAUUCCAGUAAACAAACACUAAAGAUAUUUGAUGGGAAUGACGCAGUGAAACGCAAUCAAUUUCGACUGAUUUCAGUUCCAAGGAUUGCAAAAAAUGAAGAAGUUGUGGAGGCUUCUUUGAGGGCGUACUACAUAAAUGAUGACCAGCAGGAGUAUGAGCUUCAGACCUUUACACAGCAGGUGCUGCUCUCUGAUGAUGUUAUCAACAGGAAUGAUGCUGCAGAGGACAGCAACUUGGGCUCAGUGUUCCGAGAAUCUGUUCCUGAAGCUUGGAUCAUCAGAACAAAACCAAAGGAUGAAGAAGUGAUCAGAAUUUAUCCUGCCUGGCUAAAGGUGGGAAUGGCAUAUGUUUCUCUACGAGUAAAUAAGGAUAGCACUGUGCAGACUGUGAUCAAAGAAGUGCUCCCAUUACUUGGAAGGCAGACGGAGUGCCUCCAGAAUUUCAAAUUGGUGGAAGUGCUUAUGGGCAGUAAGCAAGUUCAGCGCAUGGUUUUGGACAAUCAGGAACUGAUUCUUAACAGACUCAAGGAUAUACGAAAGACUUCAAUACGUCAGAUGAAUCAAACAAGAUUUUACAUUGUGGAAAACAGUAAAUCGAUUGUACAAGUAAAUUUAUUUGUUGGUGGCCUUCCACCUCAGCUUUCUCCUGAAGAAUACACAAAUAUUCUCAAGGAAGAAUUAGCAAUCAAAACAAAUGUAGUAUCUGUGAGUCAUGUUUAUCAAGCACAAGGUGCUGUUGUACUCCAAAUUUCAUGUUUUUCUGAAGCUGAAAGAAUAUAUAUGCUAGUUAAAGAUACUGUUGUCAAUGACAAGCCUCUGAAUGCUGUGGUGAUUCCUGCAGUUAUGGCUUCCAAGAUACCACAGAAUUGUUGCCCACUUCUUGUAUUUGUGAAUCCAAAAAGUGGUGGUCUAAAAGGUCGGGAUCUGCUGUACAGUUUUAGAAAGUUGUUGAACCCACAUCAAGUCUUUGAACUUACCAAUGGGGGCCCACUGCCUGGGUUUCACACAUUCUCCAAAGUCCCCUCCUUCCGAGUGCUGGUGUGUGGAGGGGACGGCACCGUUGGCUGGGUCCUUGGUGCCCUCGAGGAAAUCAGGCACAAGCUGGUGUGCUCAGAGCCCUCAGUUGCCAUCUUACCUUUAGGAACAGGUAAUGACUUGGGGAGAGUCUUGCGCUGGGGAGCUGGCUACAGUGGGGAGGACCCAUACUCCAUUUUGGUUUCUGUGGAUGAGGCAGAUGAUGUUCUUAUGGAUCGCUGGACUAUCCUUUUGGAUGCAGAAGAGCCAGCUGAAGGUGCAGAAAAUGGCAUUGCGGAACCUGAGCCUCCCAAGAUUGUACAGAUGAACAAUUACUGUGGUCUUGGCAUUGAUGCAGAGUUGAGCUUGGACUUUCAUCAUGCUAGAGAAGAAGAACCAGGGAAAUUUAAUAGCAGGUUUCACAACAAGGGAGUUUACGUGAAAGUUGGACUGCAGAAGAUAAGUCACACUAGAAACCUUCAUAAGGACAUAAAGCUGCAAGUGGACCAGCACGAGGUGGAGUUACCAAGUAUAGAAGGACUCAUCUUUAUUAAUAUACCCAGCUGGGGCUCUGGGGCCGACCUCUGGGGGUCUGAAAGUGACAACCGCUUUGAGAAGCCACGCAUCGAUGACGGCCUGCUGGAAGUGGUUGGUGUGACUGGCGUCGUUCACAUGGGUCAAGUCCAAGGUGGUUUUCGAUCAGGAAUCCGCAUAGCUCAAGGCUCGUAUUUCCGUGUAACACUCCUAAAGCCAAUUCCAGUUCAAGUUGAUGGAGAGCCCUGGAUUCAGGCCCCUGGCCAGAUUAUAAUUUCUGCUGCAGGACCAAAGGUCCAUAUGUUGAAAAAAUCCAAGCAGAAGCAGAAAAAAACUGGAAGCCUGAAAGAGAUGAAAGUGGAUAGCACGUCAGUCUCUGAAGGAGGACGCAAAGGGGAGACCUGUGUUCAUACCUAUGGUGUGGGCCCAGGGACACAAUGACUGUCUUUUCUCACUUGGAUGAGUGUGUGCUCUUCAGAGGCUGUUUCUUCAUCAGUUCCUGUGAGGCCACGUCUCUGUGUUUGCCCAUCUGCUGAAGCUGUGGUGAUCCAGUACUUUUACAGCUUUGUGCUGGAGACUGGCGCUGGAGCAGCCGCACGCCUGCCAUCCACCAUCCAGAUGUGCUAUCCAUCUAUAGGCUAUCGUCAUCUUGUUCUUCACUCACAUCUCUGCUGUCUCAUCUCACUGUGGUUCCCCAGGAACUGAACCUUUCCCUUUUGGUCAACAUCAUACACAAAGGGCUCUGUGAGCCACUUGUGGGCGGGGGAGGGGGCCUGCAAGAUUUUGCCACUUCCAUGCAUCUGCUGCUUGGAGCUGCUUAAGCCAUGUUGGCUAGAGCCUGCUUAGCCACAUGGUAGGCUUACUCGUUCUCUGUUGCACAGUAACAACUUGAGCGUAAGCCUUAGGAGCAUUCCUGUUGCCAGUGUGUCUAGAAAAACAUCUCUAGCUGCUUUGGGGGACUUAAGUAUAACACUGAAAUAUGCAAAAGCUGUUUUGUGAUGGAGCCAGUUACAUGCUGAGGCAGUUAUUUCUGGGUCUCAUUGAUGAGUCUGUAUUCCUAGCACUGUGACAGCUUCAGCAACAGCUGACCAUUACAUGUACUUUCUACUUUCUGGUCAUGGUACAACGAGGGUAUGAAUUGUCAUCUAUAGCAACAGAAUGGUGCAGCUAAAGCUAUAAAGAAAGACAAAACAGCUACGGAAAAAUGGCAGAUGCCUGCAGCUUCUCCUUUCAAUCUAGUGAUUCCUGCUCAGUUUUCUGGUAGAGACGCAGUUGGAGGAAUGAUUUCUGUUUUCAGUGAAACCUUUUCUUAAUUGUUUAAAUUCUUAAUUUAAAUUUGGGGAUGUUCUUCAGGUCCCACAGUGUGGACUAUAACUUCACUUUCAUUCAAAUGAAAACUGGACUCAUGCUAUGAAGGAAAUAGUUUGGAUAGUACAGAGCUAAAAGCCUUGUCCAGAUCAUUAAACACAGGGUUGUCUUCUUUAGAACCUGGGCAUGAGGGGUCAGCUGGACCUCUUCUGGCAUCCUGGUACCAGCAUUACAAGUAGGGAGGAUCAAGUAUGGUAUUUCAGGAUGUGCGCACUCUGAAUGAAGCUCACAAAUUAGAGAGGAAAUCUGGAACAGGCUGCUGCUUCAUAAUUGUCCAGAAAGAGAGAGAAACUGCUUUGUAUCUUUGGGACCACAGAAAGAAUGCAUGGUCUACUUUCCAGUUGCUGACUCAGUAAUGGAAGCUGGGCUUAUUGUUACAGAAAACAUGCAUAUGUUUUAAGAUUUCUGGUACUGACUGUCUGCAGCAGCCCAAAUAAGUAAGGCUGUCUUACUAUAUUUCCAGGCAUAUAUAAUUCUGCAUCGUGUAGCUGACAGUGUUUCAAGUUCUUGGCUUGUUAAGGACCUGUCUGUCUCUCCUAUUGCUCUGUAUCUGUUGUCUGAAAUAACAUGAAACUCACAGGUCACAAUAUUUUAAUCAGAGGGCCCAUUGCUUUGGCAUAUUCUUUGUGGAGAUUUCCCAUCCAUGGAACUCUGUAAAAGCCUGUUUUGGGAUAGCAUCAUGGUAGCAAGGUGACUCUGAAGUAUGAGUGUAAUUUCUUCCUAGCUUCCAGAGGGCAUCCUGGUAGAGGACAAGAAGGCUUUGAGUUUUGUUCCCUUUUUUUUUUCCCUGGAAACCAAGUGCCAUGUAUUUGAGCAGAUGAGUGCCACACUGGAAUGAAAACAUAGCUUAAGAAAAACACUUAGUAUAUAAGGCUCUGUGCAUCAAAAGAUGAGGCUUAAUGUGUUUUGAUGACAAAACCAGAUUCAUUUGAGGUAGGAAACCCCCUGUAAAGCUUUUAAAAGGAGAAACUCACUCAUUAACCCCUCUAUUAAGAUGUUCUAGUUUCAGGUUCUUUAAAGGCCAUUUUAUCAAGACUAGAUGUAUGUGUGUGUGUGUAUAUGUUUUUUCUCACAUUUUCAUUGCAUAUGGUGUCUGAGAAGGCCUAGUAUUUUCUUCCAUGGUAUGCAAGGCCUGCAUGAAGGGAGGGGGUAACUCUUUGCAGUUAAUAUGAAACAUUUAGACUUAGCCUUUCCACUGAACAUAACAAUGCAGUAUCAUUUCUGUGACAGUGGGUAGAUAGAUUAUUCUCCAUACUGAUUGUUUGAGUAGUAUUGUGUGAGAGCCUAGUGGUCACAUGGCCAAGUACUUCAAAUAAUGCAGCAACAAAAGUACUGGGGAAGAGGCUCAGUUCUGUCAAGAUAGGUGUUAAGUAACAUCAGGGACACAGGACCAGGAGCAGUAACUGUGGACAGUGAGAAGAUGCAGGCUCUUUGCUAUCCUGAGCACACUCCUUCAUCCUCUCUCCCUUGCCUUUUUACCUUGCCUAUAAACCAUGGCAGGCACAAACAGCACAACUAGCAUCUCUCCUGCUGAUGUACACUCUCCUGACCUUUCACUAGUGUCCUACUUAGGCAUUGGCAGCACUGGGGAGAGAAAGGUCCUGAAAACCCUGGUUCCUUUCAAAUACCACAGUGUUCAGAUUAUUGCAGGUGGUCAGUUGGUUAAAUCUAUUUUGAUGGAUAAACACGUUACCUCUGCCUUGAAUUAGUAGAACUAAAAUUCAAAAGCUCAUCCCUGAGAUACGGGUGCUACUUCAGAAAAUUUGCUGCUUUUUUCCCCAUGGCUUUUACCCUUGAUUUGUACAGUUUACAUUCCUGGUGUUUUCACUGCAUUGAGUUUUAGAUGAAAGCAUUAUUUUGCCAAAAAUCUUUUGUUUAUAUAUGUGUACAUACAUGUGUGUACAUACAUGUGCACACACCCUUUAAGAAUACGCCUUAUUGUAUUUCCUUCCAUAGUGCCUAAUUAUACAGCUUUUGCCCUGUUACAGCAUUCUGAUAGCACUCACUUCUGGAUCUUCCUUUCACCGGUUUUGGACAUGAGGCAGGACUUGUACUUUCCAACAAGAUAUGAUGGCAAUAUAGUGAAAGCACAACUGCAUUUAGAGUACAGUUUCUGCAUGUAUGCAGUUUGAGCUCUGCUUGCUCUUUCUAGAUUUUAGUCAAGUAUCUGUGUGUCUAAAACCAGUGGCAAUGGCUAUUGUAGCAUUUUAAAAAACUAGGAAGAAACUGUCACUGCAAGACUUACCUAAGGAACAAAACUAAAUGAACUGUUAUAGACAAUUGUUGUUAAUCUUCACAGUUACCCUCUUACAAAUAUUGUACUGAUUUAAUGUCUUUAGAGCAAAUAUUGUACUUGAUCUGAAUGUCAGCUGUUUCUAAUUGCUCAGUAUUUAUGCGUGCAUGUGAUUCUGUAGCAGUCUGUUGGCAUAUAAGCGUCAUUAUCAAAUUAAACCUCUUUUUGUGGGAGGAGAAGGUAAGAGGAGCUGUUGUGACACUUAGAAAGGGCUUACGUUGAAGACACAACAGAUUUGGUUGCAUAUGUAUUUAAUAAUGUGCCAUCUGUAGGUAUGCUCUGUCUUGCACGGUCUCCAAUCCAUAUUCCAGCACCAGUACAGGGGGCUCAUUGGAGUUGUGCACUGGCAGUAGAUACUUUUUCAGUCUGCACCCCAUAAGUCUUCCUUACCACCUUCAAAGUGACUGUACAUCUUCCUAUUUCUGCCAGGCUGCCCUCCUGCCCUUUGGGCCUAACUCUGUACCAAAACUGGUAAUGAAGGUAUGAGCAUGUGCUGGUGAAUGUGUGUGCAGAGUGGGGGAAUGGAGUUCCUGCUCUGAAUGCUGCUCUGUCAGUUUGGCUUAGACUAUUCUUUAAUUUCUACUUCAGCUUCUACUUUAGCCAUCUAACAGCUCUGCAGCAAAGAUUUAGCAACUACUGAAUUGCCUUGGAUUCACCGGUGACAACGUUGCCUCAUUUUCAGGCUUUGAUCUUAUAUACGUCAGAAUAUGUAUAACUGCAUUAUACUUUUUGCACUUAACAGAAAAUGCAGGUUAGACAGGCUUAGGGUGUGGCAAAAUUGCAAUGUUUGUACUUUUUUUGUAAAUAUGGGGAUGAUUCUACAGAUACAAAGAUGCACUUUCAGAUAACAAUGAGAACAAGUUUGUAGAAUACAGUUGUUUAGGAGUUUCUCUGGCUGCAGUGUUCCUGAUCCCCAUCUAUGUCUAACACUGUGUUCUCCUUGAAAGCCUGCUUGGGGAUAGAGAUGGCUUCUCACAUUGCAGAAUGUAUUUAUAGCUGACUGACUGAACGUUUGUGUAUGUUUUUGAGCAAAUUUGCUGCUAUUCUAAGUUUUAGGUUUUACUAGACUGCUUCUAUAAUGCAUAAAAUAAUGUUCAAGUUUUAUUUAUAAUGUCAACACUUACUGAUUUGACACUUAGUUUCAGGAGACAUCCAGCCCAAAGCCUUCAUUCCUUUUGCUGUUUAAUAGUUUUGUUUUAUUGUGGUUUCUUUUUAGCAGUGUAGGCAUUGUAUGUGUGGAGUGCAGUGAAAUGAAUACAAAUUACUAACCUUAGCCUGCAGUUAGAGUGGCGGUUUCAAUGUUUACAGGACAGAGACUAUUGAUUGUAAACCCAUACACGUCCACUGAAACAGUGCACUCUUCAUGUGUUUUGGAAGCACUGUUUCUGCUUACCAUGGUAAUUAAGGGAAUUGUUGCCUUCUGGUUUUAGAGUCCUGGUUAUGUUGCUUUGGAGAGAUUUCAGUGUGGGUUAUGGCUUCUCUGCCAUGAACUCACAGGGCAGAAUUUGUACUGACACAAGUGUGUUAUAUUGAACAUGUUUUCUGAAAGAGUGACUUUAUUUUUUAUGAAGAUAAUUUAUGAGAAGGUUUUAUAGCAGAUCAGUGCUGAAAAAGUUGAAUCUUGAAAUAAAUGUUUGUAGAUAUUAAAGAUCUAUCCCAAAGCAAAGUAUUUUUUAAUAGGGCAGUAUUACUGGUGUAGUUAACCCUCUGAGCUCUCCUGGUAGCAUACCCAUUUAGCAUGUCACUCUGCACUGGUCAAGUGUGUUACUUAGGGGACAACCUGAUUUCAGAAGAUAUUACUUAAUUUAUAUUGUGCAUAUCCCCUAUUAACCUCUGGCAGCAACUCCCCAUAUAAACAUCAGCCACACAAGACAGAGCUUCUCCCCAUAUAGAUCACUGCAGGUUGAAGAGCAGAGAGGCUGCCCUUGUGCUUGACUGCAGAGAGGCUGUGAGUCUGGUGACUGGCACUUGCAGUCCUCUCUCUCACCAUUAUAGAGUGUGCCACACAAGUUCUUUUUCUUUCUGAAGGCAGGCAGGCACAAAUUCAAGAGUGCCUGAGUCAAACUGCUAAUAUCUUGUCUCACCAUGGCAUCCAUUUCUUAGUGCUGUUUAUCUUGCCAAAUUGGGUAGCAAGAGGUGCUUGAAGUAUUACUGAGUAUUUAUUGUGUAAUUUUUGGGUGCUUAUAAAGCCUUCACUGCUAUUUUAAAGCAAAAUUUGGGGAUCUGUAGCAUAGCAAUAGCUGUAUAACUCGCAUUCCAAACAUGCCCAAAGUUAUCCUUGUAAUAGUUUAGUUAUCAAUGGUGUAGCUAGCAGCAAUCAGUAUCUUGAAGCUACAAGUUCUAAAUAUUGGAAGACAACAUCUCUGCUUUGAAUGCAAAGCAUUAGAGUUUGUAAUUCACUAUAGAUUUCAGCAUCUUUCCUACUUAAAAAUGACUGAUGACAUCUUAAUUCUUCUCAAACUAUAACUUAACCAUUGCUUAAAUAACUGUUUUUCACCUCUGGUUAUUUAAAUAAUUCAAUUUACACAGUUGUAUGAAUGCUGUUUUAUUAUCAAGAUACUCUUAAGGUGUCUCAUAGCAUUUCUUGUGAAUGUUCUAAUACAUCAGUAAUAAAUAAUCCUGACCCAAUAAACUAAUGUAAGCUGACAAGUUAUUGUCUAGUGCUUAUUCUUUGUGCAUCUGUCUAAUUCUCAGAGAAAAAAGCAGCCUAAGUAUAAGCAUUAAAGUGAUUGAAAACAGUUUCCACACUCUGUGCCUCAAACCAGUAAUGUGUUAUCACACAUUUACUUGUGGAUUGGUCUCAAAAACUAGCUUUUAAUGAUGUAACUUGUUUCUCAAUGUCUGCCUUGCAAAUGAGACGUCACUAUAUUGUGGUAACUUGUCUACAAAAAACAUACCUAGUGUACUAAUAGAUUUUUUAAAAAGUAAUUUAUAAAAUAUGGACUUUUAUAUUUAAACAUCUGUUCAUCCUUGGGUUCUGUUUUUAGAAAAUUCUAUGUAUAUUUUGCAAUACGUGUUUUGUGUUUGACUGUACAUUUUGCACCAAUAUGAAAAAUUGUAUUCUAAGUAUUAUUUACAAGUUCCAGAGAUCUGUAACUAGAAUUUGCUGUGAACAAAUACAACAUCUCUUCUACCCUG